AUGAACACGUUCCUGAAAGGUGGCUAUUACAAGUAUGUUCUGGGUGAUAAAGUUGUCGUAUUGGCGUUGAAUACCAAUCUUUACUACCGUUUCAAUCGUGCAAUUCCGAACUUCACAAAUCCAGAUGACCCGGCAGAUCAAUUCCAAUUCAUGAUCGAUACAUUGAAGGAUGCUCGCACUAAGCAGCUUUCCGUUCAUGUUAUUGCGCACAUUGCUCCUGGAGAUACGAUCAAGUCGAUGAUUUUCGGACAUCAUCACACAGAUACGUUCCAUAUUGUCAAAGAUCCUAAAUCUGGUCGUGCGGUUCAAGUUUACCUAAUGGCGCCAGCCAUAACGCCGUGGUUCAAUCCGUUUGAGGGUGCUGGCUCUAACAAUCCAGCGUUCAGAAUUUACGAUUACGACGAGGGAAACCAGCGACUGAUAGAUGCAAAAACCUAUUAUGUGAACUUAACCAAACUGAACAGAUCGCCUCAUAAUCAAACGAAAUGGGAGUUGGAAUACUCGAUGGCGAAAACGUAUCAAAUUGAUGGUAUAACCCCAGAGAAUAUGUAUAGUGUCUUGAAGAAGUUGAAGACAGGAGGUGAUGCUUUCAAGAGCUAUAUCGAGUACAAUUCAGUCCGUUGGAACGUUUCGAUUCCUGAAGGAGAAUUCCUGAAGGCUCAGUUGUGUUCCAUCGAAUUUCCAGAUUUUACUGGUUAUGACCAGUGUAUGGGGAGCUCCGGGCCUUCUUCAAAGUCGCCAGGUUCCCUGUCGACUUCAACCAAAUCCGGGCCUUCUUCAAAGUCGCCAGGUUCCGUACCGGCUUCAACCAAAUCUGUUUACCUACUCAUCGCUCUGUGCUCUCUGAUCAAAUUCAGUUUCGAUAAAAAUAUGUGA